ACUGCUUUUGUAUAAAUAUUUAAAGAUUGACAGCGAAUUUUUGCGUUUUAUCGUCGAAUUUCGGAAAUAUGUCUCAUACAAUUUUGCUUGCUCAGCCUGGCAAACCAGAAACAAGAAGUUAUUCAGAUUAUGAUUCAGUGAAUGAGUGCAUGGAAGGUGUAUGUCACAUGUAUGAAGAACAUUUGAAAAGACAAAAUCCUGAUUCAGCUUCAAUAACCUAUGAUAUUCGUCAGUUAUUUGAGUUCAUUGAUCAGCUUAGUGAUUUGUGCUGUUUAGUGUAUCAGAAGACAACAAAUACAUAUGCUCCUUACAACAAAGAUUGGAUUAAAGAGAAAAUCUACAUAUUGCUUAAACGUCAGGCUUCUAAGAAUUCAUAAAUACAUUUUAUUCAGUUUUCCCCUGUGCAUAAAAUACUCAUUGAUCAUGCAAUUUUUCCCUUUUUGUAAUUUUUUUUAGUAUAUCCUUUAUUUCUUUUAAAUCGCUUUACAUUUUUUAUCAUAUUCUAUUAAUCUUGUGUUGUGAUAGUUCUUAUAUGUAUACAUUUGUAAAAAAUUUUAAAAUGUUUUUAAUGCAUAAAAUCAUUAUCUUUGUACAUAAUUAUUUAUGGAAUAAAAUAUUGAAAUGUAAAGAUGUUUGUAAAAUGAUUGCUAAAUGUUAUGGCUAUACACAAAAAUUAAUAAAUGAUGACAAAUAAAUAAUCAAGGCAAAGAAAAGAAAAAAAAUCUAGUAGUUUAUAUAUAUAUAUAUACUUAUUAUAAAGUGUAACUUUUCUGAUGCUACAUAGUAACUUAUUCCUACACUGACAAUAUAAAUCCAAACAAAUAUUUCUAUGAGUGCAAGGCUAAUAUAGUGAAAAUCAUAUAAAGAAAAUUUCCCAAAAUAUUAAAGCUAUUUGCAUUUAAUAAUAAAAUUAUGUCAGUAGAAAAAAUUUAUAAAAAGUGUGUGUGAUACAGCUAUGAUUAAUACAAAUGUUAUUUAAUUUUCAUCGCAAUUAUAAAAUUAAGUAAUAUUGCUAUAAUGACAAAGAUUUUGAAUAUUGAAAGAAAUCCUAUACUGUAUACUUGUAGAGUUCUUAUUUUUCCCUUAGAUGCAGUUGUAGCAGGCUUUUUAUUAAGUUCAUAGUAGGUUUUAACAAAGCUAUAGGGUUCUUCAUGAAUACAUUUCUGAGAUAGAGAAGAUUAAUGAAUAUAAGCUUCUCUUCCUGAUCCACUGAAAAAUUCCUUUCAGUGUGUCUAAUUGCAUAAAAAUCCAUUUUCUUACAGUUAGUGGGAGGCAUCAUAAAUGCUAUCACAGAAUUCUGGACAAUUAUUUCAGAUGUUACUGUAUUUAUUUGUUAUUAUUGUCAAUGUAAAAACUUGUCAUAACUGUCAGAAAUAUGUCAUUAUUAUUUCAUUGCUUCUAUAUUACUUUAAAAAUAAUGUUGUUUAACGCUUUGAGCACCAUGUCUAUUUUAUGCAUCUUUCUUGAAAGUUUCAAAAUCUGACAGGAGAGCCAGGAUCACUUGAUCAAAGUUGUAUAAAUUUGUAACAAAAUAAAUAUUCCAAUAUUACUGUUU